AUGCGCCGCGCCGGCCGUGACUCCACCGCCCAGCUAUGCGGCCCGGGCCCUGCCAGCAGCCCCGGGGCGGGGGAGCCCCGGGUGACGUGGCCCGGCGGUGACGGCCGUGUGUCCCCCCCCCUCCAGGUGACCCACGGUGCCAGGGGCCUGGCCGAGACCACGUUCCCUGAGGACACGGUGGCCGACCGUGUUGGGGGCGCGCGGGGGCGGCGGUACUACGCCCAGCUCUCCGAUGACGAGGACCUUCUGGCGGACGAGGCAUCCGGGGAUGGCAGCGGGGAGUACGGCAGCGGUGACAUGCUGCUGGUGACCGAGAGCACCCCGGCGCCCGGCGUCGGGCUGGCACCCACCGUGCCUGUGCCCCCGCCGGCGGGCAUGGUGGUGGCCGAGCCCGAGGAUGAGCCCCCGCUGAUUUAUUUCCGGGCGCUGGUGAACUUCACCCACAGCAUCGACUACAGCCCCCGGCUGGAGGAUGCCAACUCGGAGGAGUUUCGGGAGGUCUCGGAGGCCGUGGUGGACACGCUGGAGUCAGAGUAUUACAAGAUCCCCGGGGACCAAAUGGUCAACGUGGUGUUCAUCAAGGAGCUGGAGGGCAGCGUCUUUGUGGAGCUGGACGUGGGCUCCGAGGGCAACGGGGACGAGGCGCAGAUCGGGGCCGUGCUGCGGGACGUGGUGGCUGCCGGCUCCAUCGCCUCCUUCGUCACCUCGCCCGUCCACCCCCAUGCAGUGACCCCUCACCUGCGCCCCUGCACCGCCCUGGAGUUCUCCUGCGGCAGCGGCGAGUGCAUCGCCCUCGAGUACCGCUGCGACCGCCGCCCCGACUGCCGCGACGCCUCGGACGAGCAGGGCUGCGGCGAGCCCCCCCCCGGCCACCUCCCCGGCGCGCCCCGUGCCCCCCAGCACCGCCCGGCCUGCCACCACCACCCGCCCGCUGGUCACCGUCCCCGCCACCACCCGCCGCCCCCCGCUGCCCAAAGCCGGGUGCCGGCCGGCCGAGGCCACCUGCGCCGACGGGCGCUGCGUGCCCCGCGACUACCUCUGCGACGGCGAGCGCGACUGCGCCGACGGCAGCGACGAGGAGGACUGCGGCACCCCGUCACCCUGCGAGCCCAACGAGUUCAAGUGCCGCAACGGGCACUGCGCCCUGAAGCUGUGGCGCUGCGAUGGGGACAACGACUGCGGGGACGGCUCGGAUGAGACCGACUGCCCCACCAAGGCGCCCGGCGCGGCGUGCGGGCCGGACCAGUUCAGCUGCGUGGCCAGCGGGACCUGCAUCCCCGCCAGCUACCACUGCGACGAGGAGCCCGACUGCCCCGACCGCUCCGAUGAGGUUGGCUGCA